UUUAAAUGUUUAAAAUGCACUGCGUCACACAUACACCAACAUAAGAUGGAACUAUUUUAUAAGCAUACGCAUGUUACACCUAUUGCACCUUAUUGUUAAACCUAAAGGGAACAAUAUCAUACAUUCCGGUUUAUAACGGAUUCCAGAGUUGUUGCUGAUUAUUUUUGUAAUAAAGAAUAGUAUGGGUUUUGUGUGUGUGUGUGUGUAUAAGUGUGUGUGCCUGUGCGUGUGUAUAGCUACAGAAACAUCCGCUCCUUCUAGAACAGCACUAUUUGCUCAAACGGCAGACUGUGGGCACAAUUGUAAACUACUGUAAUGGCAGGGUGUGGGAGGGGGUUGGGGAUGGAAUAUCCAUUUUUAUUGCAUCACCUGUCAGCGCCGUCCAAUGGGCGUCCACUCCGCCAGCAUUAAUUGAUGAAGGUGUCUCCAGACUGGUCCACCUCCCUUUGCAUGUCGGUCUUUUUUUUAUUAUUUGUGGCUUAGCCAGCAGCCAGAAAAGCAGCUGCUUUUUUAGCUCUUAUUCUGCUUCUCCCCUGUCUCCGAUUCACUCUUUCCUCCCUCCCUCCUCCCUACCCUCGCAAUACCUCCCUCUCUCCCUCUCCUCCUCUCGCUAUUUUAUCCCUCUGGCUGAGGCAGUGGUGCACACCUACCCCUCGUCCUGCUGCCGACCAGAGGGGGAGUGGAGCCGGGCGGAGGCAGGUAACAACGGCGGCCCCCGGCUUGGUGGACGCAUCCCUGCGCAUUCCUUCACCAUGCCGGACCGGGGUGGACGCAGUCGGCAAGCUAGUAGACAGGGACAGCCCCAUUUAAAACUCCGCAUGUCAAAGUUUGCAUUUUCAUGACGCAGCAGCAGCAGAGUGGAUGGAUUAAAGGUAUGCAGGAUGCCUUGAGCCCGAGACCCUGUGCCAUUUGCUGGUGAAUCCACAGAGUCCGAGCAGACACUGCAUGGAUUGAUGCGCCAAACAUGGGAGACCUGGUUUGUGGGUUUGAGGAAAUGCAAGGAGUGAGACUGGGAUACCUGCUCAUCAAAGGGAAGCAAAUGUUUGCUUUGUCUCAGGUCUUCACCGACCUGCUGAAGAACAUCCCUCGGACUACGGUGCACAAGCGCAUGGACUACCUGAAGGUGAAGAAGCACCAGUGCGACCUGGAGGAGCUCCGCAAGCUCAAGGCAAUAAACUCCAUCGCUUUCCAUGCGGCUAAGUGCACACUUAUAUCGCGGGAGGACGUGGAAGCUCUGUACGUCUCCUGCAAGACGGAGCGGGUGCUGAAGUCCGCGAAGAAAAGGAAAGCGACAGCGGCGUGCCCUCGCGCGGACGAUGAGGAGGAGGAGCACGCGCCCUCGGGUGUCCUGCGCGCGGACGCGGAGCUCAUGUGGAAGGAAAAAGUUUGGUUCAGUUUGCACGGCGUCCCAGAGAAUCACGCGCUGCACGGCAGAGCGGGGAGGAGGAGGGAGCUGAGUCCUUCUUCUUGCCUUACCGACGCCAAACUACCUCAAUUUUACCACAAAGCCCACGGACGGGAUUGCCGUUGGACGACUAAAUCCAGCCGCAAACACGUCAAAAACUAUGAAACUGAGAAAUUUACAGGGAGCAGAUUCGCUGUGAGCCAAAGGCACGCGUUUUUCCGGCAGCCGGUCUUGUUUCAGUCCGCCGCCGCAGCAGCUCAGUCCAGGCUCUCGCGCUCAGCCGGCGACUCGCUCCACAAAAGGAAGAGGAGGCGCGAGGGGGGCGGCAGGAGCAAACACGUGCAUCUGCACGCGCCGCCGGUGCUGCUAGUCCAGCCCAAAUCCUCCGGAGCUUCUUUCGGCGCUUUCCACCUCACUCCGGAUUUCUAUUUGGACCCGCGACCUCACCACCAUCACCACCACCACCACCACCAUCACCACCACCACAACAACAACAGCAGCAACAUCAACAACAACGAGCCCGGCUUCGCGGAGAGCUACAGCAGCGACACCGAAUCCUGCAGCACAUACUCGGACCCACAGUGCCAGGACUCGGACUUCGGCUCCGGGUUCUCCAGCAGCAGCAGCAGCUCCGAGGAGGAAGAAGAGGAAGACGACACUCAGUCGGAAAGCUCAGAGGUCAGCUCCGAUGAAGAUGAGGAGAGUUCCACUCAGUCCGACUCGAGCUCCGUUUCAAGCCGUGUUUCGGUCCAAAGCAUCCGGUUCAGACGUGCACGGGUGGGUCUGCACAACGGGAAAGCACCUUUGGUCCUGCAGCCCACCUUUCACUACAACAACCAGCAGCACAGGACGCUGAGUCAUGGCGACAGCAGGCAGGACAAAUAUCAACAAUGUUGCUUUGGUGAACCACGAAAGGACUCUUUACAGUUAAACCAGGUGGCUAGUGGCAGCAUUUUCACCGAGCCCGCCAAAGAUAAAGCGUUUGACUGUGACCCAAACAGGACUGAGGAGGAGCCGGUCCCUUUCUCCCCGGGGCUCGACCCGAACAAGGCCUCUCUCCCGGCCUCGUUCAGGUCCCGGGGGUUCAGCGCACACGCUGACCCCAGCAAGCUCCAAAAAUGCGUCGACAAGCGGGAGAAGUUGAAACCGAGCACCCCGCCGAAAAGAAUAAAGACCGAGUCCGAGGAGCCCCGCGCAACCGCGUCCCCCUACCCCGACAGCGGCAGGACAGCCUUCAAUCUCUGCAAUGUGAAAAUAAAAGUGGAGGAAAGCUGCGAUGAAUAUGAAUACCUGCAGAGCCAGACCGCUGUGGUCAAAUGUAAAGGAGAUAAGGCAGAUCUCAGCGGCGCCAUCAAACAGGGGGGCUUUUCUAGCAGCGGGAUUAAAGCCGCGGAGAAAAGCCCCGACGUGGCCCCCAGGUCCCCCUGCGGUCCUCAGGAAUGCAGGAGUAGCCAGGACGCCCCCAGCGUAGAGGAGGGGGAACAGAGAAACAAAACCUGCAGGGCUCCGGGGCGGGAGGCAAAGAAACCCCGAAUUUCCCGGACGCACAUAAAACAAAACGUGCCUAGAGUCAACGAGGCUCCCGCUUCCUCUUCCUGCUCCUCAUCUUCUUCGUCCUCCUCCACCACGGAGGAUUUACGGAGCAGACGCAAACGCAGCACCGCCAGCAGCUUAGCAGCAGCAGCAGCAGCGGCUUCUUCGGCAAAAACGCCUUUCAGCCUGAUGGCAAAUUUCCCAUCCCCGCCGUCGCUCGUCGUUGACAGCGACGGGGAUUUGUGCCCUGCUUACUCACUGAGCUCACUGAGGGCAGCCGGGCCUCCUCCUCCGUCCCACCCCGUGUGGAGGUGGCAGCCAGGCGGCCAGAUUCUCCCUCCCCCACUGCACACUCAGAGAACGAGGAAAUAUUGAACUGAGACAAAAAAAAAAAGUCCCAUAUAUGUCCAUUUCCACAAACCCUGUGUUUUAAGGUGCUCACCCCUUUUGCCUUUGUUUUUUUUGUUUGUUUGUUUGUUGUUGUUUUUUUUCAAACUUUUUUCCUUAUCUGGGAUUUACACUCCGUUUUUAUUCCUCCUCCCUCCCACCCUCCCUUCCCUGAAGAAAAGCCACAAGAUUCCACUUGAAGCCUCCACAGGACUGUGAGACACAUCUCGUGGAUUAAUGCCUGAAAACCUCCCUUUAAAAUAAGCUAUUCAAUUUCAAUCUAAGCAAUAUGUUUUGCUCCCCGAUCUUUUUUUUUUUUUUGUGGCGUAACCUUCGUUGUCGGUUUUCCUGGUUUGCUCGACCUGUUGGAUUGUCUGGUAGCAGGGUUUCAAUGAGGUUGUUCUUUGUCUGAAAGGAAAAAAAAAGUGAUUUUAAAAAUAAUAACAAUAAUCCAAGAAUAUUUUGGAUGAGGCAACCGCAGGGACUGUUUCACUUUGUAAGUAAAGAAGAGACAAAAUAUCAGGGUUUCCAAUUAUGUGCCACCUGGUAUGUUUUCUAAUAAGCGCUGUGUUUUUCUUUCCUUUUUUUUAAAAAAAAAAAAAAAAAAAAAAAGAUGGCCAAAAUAGUCCACGUGAACUGUGAAAUAACUUGACUAUUAUUUUAAUUUUAUUUUUAUUUUUGUUGUUGUUGUUGUUCAAAACCAAUGUAUUCUUCUGGACUUUAUCUUGGGGUGCUUGAGAUUUUCAGUUAUUUGUCAGAAGUUUGCAACCGUGUGACACAAGAAACAAGGGGCCCGAGAUGCAGAACAAGCCUUAUGUAAUCAGACAAUCAAAAAUGAGAACAUUCGCGGACUCCUACCCCCAACCCCACCCCCAAGAAAAGGUCCCAGGAUAAUACCAUAUUCAAGUCACUCCGAGUCCAUCUGGCAUACGCAAGACCUUUCGGUCAGGCUGGGUGCGUCUAGUGUAUUUCAUGUAGUACAUAAUGGGAGGGGAACGCAAGGAUGUCCAAAGUGGGUUAACAGUGGUACACCUUGUAAUCACUCCGGCUAGAAACAAUGCGACGAAGCACAAGGGAAAAGGUUUGAAAGUGUGGCACUUCUACACCGUUUUGCGUCGUGUUUCAGCUCUAUGUUUAGGACCGACACGUAAAGGAAAAAAUAAUAAUUAUUAAAAACAAAAACAAAAAAAAAUCAAAAUCAUACUUGUUUAUAUAGGGGAAAUGAUUUGAUUGUGUGUGCUUCUGGAGACAAAAUUAGCAAAAUUACGAAUGGAUUUUGUUGCUGGGUGUUCGCUCUCCAAAAUUUAAUUCAGUUUUAUAUAUACAUAUAUAUAUUAUCCUGCCUUUAUUUUACUAAUAAUGUCCUGUUUUUAAUUAAUUUUUUUUUAAAGAAAAGAUGCAGCCGAGUUAUUGAUAACCCUAUCUAUCCACUCACCUCUCCCUCCCCUCCAAAAUAAUAAUAAUAAUAAUAAUAACAACAUAAACAACACAGUUUUAGGUUUUGUGAAAUGUUGCUUUCUUUAUUUGUGAAAUGCAUCCUGAAUGUAGCCUUUCUGAACAUGGCCGCUCUGACGUGCUCCAUGCAGCCCCGUUCAGUGUGUGUACAAACCUUUAAAUGAAGAGGGGCUGAAGUUUGCACCGACAUGUAGGCAUUGUUUUUGUAAGUGAAUGUGUCCACGGUGUUCGUGGCGGUUGCAGGACGCGCUCUGCUAAUUGGCAUGCUUUUCUGUCCCGCCACAAAAGAGAGGCCCCAGCAGCUUAUAUGGUGAGGCAGAUCACAACAAACUCCAAAGCCCGUGAAUGAUGUCAGCCCUCCUCACAAGCACACACCAGAAAGAAGGGAAGAGGAAGGCGUGGGGUGUGAGGGGGGCAUUCACUUGUAGAAUGAUUGUUAAAAAAAGAAGAAAAAAUCAAAAAGAAAAGGAAAGAGAAAGAAGAAAGAAAGAGAAGUGUAAAAAAAGUGCGUUUAAAAUAACUUGUGGAUACAUAUUGUAGAUGUCAGUGACACACACACACACACACACGCCCCCACACACCCUGUACCCCGCACCACACACACACACACAAACACCCACAACUCACCAUAGGCCUUAUGUCCGAGGCUGGAGCUACUACAACUAAAACUUGAACUUUUUGAUAUUCUCAGUCUGUCUUUGACUCUGUGCGUCAUAGGCUUGUCCUAUACUACAACUUUAUGUUAUUCUACGCGGGAAUGACUGUAGCAGUAAGACGGAGGGAGGUGUAGCUGCGUUACAAGAACAUAUAGGCUGCACGGCGCAGGAAGGAGCGGAAUCCAUUCGCAACGCAAAGCGGCAGCCUAUUUCCCCGCACAAACCACGGCUGACGGGCAUAAAUGGUGGUUUUCUGGGGAGGGGACCUACCUGACAGAGACCCUAUCAACGUGAACAAGUGUGUGUGGGUGUGUGUUUGUGUGUGUGUGUGUGUGUGUGCGUGUGUGUGUGUGUGUGUGAGCAGCUACAUCCAUGCCCUCCUCACCCAUUCAGCUGGUUUGACAUAUUACAAUACUUGAGGUCAGGUGUUUUUUGACGCGGAAUUUUUUCGAAGUCACUGGCUGUUUAUAUAUUAUAUGAAACUGAAUAUUUAUUUUUGUGAAUUUUUUUAUGGGAGGGGGGAUUUUCUUGUACAUUGAUUCUUUGUUGUGAAUGCAGAACAACUGCACUCGAAAUGGAAACUUGAACUGUGGUUUUCUGAAGCACUUUCCCUUUCUAUUCUUCUUCUUUUGUUUGUUUGUUGGUUUGUCUGUUAAUUAUGGAACCUUCAUUAAACGGG